AUGAAACUAAUGUGGGCAACAAUUAUGUUAGUUUUGAUAAUGGUAUUAUCAAAAUCUAUCCAAACAAAGGGAGAUGAGAAGGCAAAUGAUGAUCCUGCACUCGCACCGUCGCCGGCACUAGCACCUCAGUCAGAGAAUGGACUAUUGCCUAAGCCUAUAAGUUGUGCUCUCGACCUAAAAACAAUUCCAAACUGUACAGAAGCAGUGAGGCACUUCAAACUCCGGAAUGUCACAAAAGAAUGUUGCAAAAUCUUACUCACUCUUCCAGGAGAUUGUUUUGGUAAAUUGUUCCCUAUACGCUGGAUCUAUCAAUCUGUACUUACAGCUACCUGCUUUGUACUAGGUUUUCAUAAAUAA